CCGUUUUGUACUACGGGAUACUACGAUCGUAUCCUUUGCAUGCGAACCCCGCUAAGCAUAAUCCUUUCGGAGACGCACAGCAAGGUUGCUAUCUUUCUGCAUGGGUUAACUGAUCCUAUAUUGGAGAUCUAUGGGGUGAUCAAAGGAUCUGGCGUCUGGAAAGAAAUACAGAAUGCCAGAGAAAUACAGAGGUACUUAGCAGUGACCAACAAAGGCAGAGGAUGGCAUAACUUUUUUCCCAUUAUUCCCCUUAAAUCUAUUGAUAUCCCAGCUCUGAACAAUGGGAUUCUAAUAAGUAAAACAAGAAACAAGUUCAAGAUGUCCUGCUGGCUUUGCUGUUCAUGUAAGGGGGAUGAGUCUGGUGAUCCUCGUGAGAAAGAAGCCUUAAACAGUCCGAGGCGUUAUAUUGAUGGUAGGAAUGGAGCACAAAAAGGUUCAAGGCUUUCUGGUGUGGAUAAAACAGAGCACCAGAAGGCAAUACUACCUAUUGACGUACCUGCAUUAUCUCUUGAUGAGCUGAAGAAUAAAACGGACAACUUUGGCUCAAAGGCUUUGGUUGGGGAAGGUUCAUAUGGAAGAGUAUAUUUUGCUGUUUUAAAUGACGGUAGACAAGUGGCAAUCAAAAAGCUUGAUGCCACACAAGAGCCUGAGUCCAAUGCUGAGUUUCUGUCGCAGGUUGCUAAGGUAUCAAAAUUGAAGCAUGAAAAUUUUGUAGAAUUGCUGGGCUAUUGUGCUGAGGGGAAUCUCCGCCUUCUAUCCUAUGAGUUUGCAACCAUGGGCUCAUUGCAUGAUAUUCUGCAUGGUAGAAAAGGGGUGCAGGGCGCGCAACCUGGACCGGUCCUUGACUGGAUGCAGCGUGUUAGGAUUGCUAUUGAUGCAGCUAAGGGACUCGACUAUCUACAUGAGAAGAUUCAGCCUUCAAUUAUACAUAGGGAUAUCCGGUCAAGCAACAUUUUGUUAUUUGAGGACUUCAGAGCAAAAAUUGCAGACUUUAAUCUUUCAAAUCAGGCUCCGGAUAUGGCUGCUCGCCUUCAUUCUACCCGUGUCCUCGGAACCUUUGGUUAUCACGCUCCUGAAUAUGCCAUGACGGGACAGUUGACACAGAAAAGUGAUGUGUAUAGCUUUGGAGUUGUUCUUUUGGAGCUUCUUACAGGAAGAAAACCUGUUGAUCAUACAAUGCCUAGAGGACAACAGAGUCUGGUUACUUGGGCUACUCCACGAUUGAGUGAGGAUAAGGUGAAACAAUGCGUAGAUCCAAGACUGAAGGGUGAUUAUCCACCUAAAGGAGUUGCAAAGCUUGCAGCAGUGGCUGCUUUAUGCGUGCAGUAUGAAGCGGAGUUCAGGCCAAACAUGAGCAUUGUGGUGAAGGCACUCUCGCCUCUCCUUGUAAAUAAGCAGGCUCCUCCACAACAACCAUCUCCUGCUCCAGGAAUCGUAGAUAAUUGAACUGCCUGGCUGCAUAGUGCUUGCUGAUGCUGCGCAUGUUCUUUUUGUAAAAGUAUCGACGAAUUAUAAAGCUACAAAGAGGGAGAUAUUGCCACUUAACCUUAUUUUUUAACUUCUAAUUUAUCUUCCCUUCAAUC